AUGUAUUACGCCCACAAAAGUUGUACUGUUCGGGGUUUUACUGUACGAUCGCUCAGCAGUGGAAGCAGAGGAGGUGAUGGUCUAUCCGAGGUAGCAGAGUUUGCUAAAGUAAUCCUUCAAGAUGUCGAAAAGGAAAAACAUGUACAGAAAAACGGGGGAAGUGGCGCCCGUAAAUCAAAUAAUAGCCAUGUGGAGAGAUCCAGGAGGAUUACGUCUUUUACUUUGUCGCCAAAGCACGCUAAGCACACCAGUGUGUCUCUUGACGACAAGAGGGUUGAGCCGGCACGUUUGGUGUACGAUUUGAAUCGCAUUUUGUAUCAGCCAAUGACGCUGCACCCCUUGAAAGAUUUGAGAUCUGGGGUAUACAACUUUAAGCCGGACUUGGAAAUGAUUCCCCCAAGCAAUCUGGAAUCUAAAGAUCGUUUCAAGUUUAUCACGCCAUAUCGAGAUAACUCAUUAUUCAUGCUUGCCAAAAAAUUUAAUCAAAAAUACGUGUCGUCUACAAGCUCCAUGACAUCAACGUUAAGUCAUUUGCAUUUCCUGCUUUCGAAUUUCCGACCGCUAAACAUCGUGAAUACUUCUAUUUCAAAGAACUUUCCACAAACAAAAUGCACUUUUACAAAAGGUGCACAGUUUCCAUCCACUAUCAUCCUUAGAAAGUUGAACGAUAAUAUCAUAUCUCUGGAUUCAGAUAAAAGUCUUGAUAGAGAGAUUAUUUUAUCCACGUUAGGUAAUUCUUUGGAAGAAUUUCUCACUGAUAAAUCCAACGAAAAAGAGGAAGAAUCUUAUCAUUUUUCAAAGAUCGAUAAAUUCAUUCUAAGGUCCCAGCUCGAUGCCUUUGAUCCUAAAUUGCCAGGCACGGGAGUGUUUGAUUUAAAAACAAGAGCAGUGGCUGCAAUCAGGCAUGAUAUAUCCUACGUUGAAAAAAACGAUAAUUUUACUGGAUAUGAAAUUGAUAAAGUCCAUGGAGAAUUCGAGUCACUGGAGAGAGAAUUUUUUGAUCUAAUAAAAAGUACUUUAUUAAAAUAUUCAUUACAGGCGAAAAUUGGGAAAAUGGAUGGUAUAUUCGUUGCAUAUCAUAAUAUUUCAAAGAUGUUCGGAUUUCAAUACAUGCCAUUAAAUGAUAUAGAUUAUAUCAUUCAUUCAAGCUUCAAUUCAAAUUUUCAAAGGGAACUGAACAGGCGAAAUAGAAUGUUGCAAAAAAUUCAUGGAACCGAGGAAUUUAUCGUUAAAUAUGAACGUCAAGAACGUCAAAUUGCAGAGGCAAUCGCGGAUGCUGAGUUCAAGAUGUCAAUUUUACUUUUAAGAAAUAUUCUUGUUCAUAUCGAGAACUUAUUGAAAAAGAGAGGCAAGCAAAGCUGGAAAAAGCUAAAAAUAAUGAUGAAGACCGAAACAAAGACUGUGUCUUUCCAAGAUCCUCGUAAAAGCGAAAAGGUACCUGUGUUAAAAGUCAUUGUCCUCCCACUUCCGCCAAAUUUUGAAGACGAAAAAUUAAAUGUUAAAGGUAAGUCUAAUGCGGAAAUAAUGGAUCAGAUUGAGUCCAUUAAAAAUGAAAAUGAAAUUGUUCUCGAGAAGCAAAAGGCAUCCUUAAUUGGUUUCGAUAUAACUGUGGAUCAUUUUUAUAAGCAUCAUCAAGAAAGCACAUCAUUACCGGAAUUUGCGAAACCUGAAAACGGCAUACUAGAUUUGAAUACUUGUCUUUAUAUCUCACGAAAAUACAAUGAGAAUUUUUACCACAAUUUGCAUUCAUUUCAAAAUCCAAGUUUCUUUCAUCCGAAGGAUGUUUCAACCUGGAGGAUUAAUUGUCAUUUUAGUGAUAUUGACGAUAAAAACAGUUUGAUGAAGUCUUAUGGAAGCUUUUUGGAUGAAAAGUUAAACUCCUUGAAAGAGCAAUGCGUCGUCAGGGAUUCUCUUGUAAAUUCCAAUCACUCAGCAGCGAUCAUUGAGCGUAUUAACAGAUUAAUGACAAGUGGCUAUCAACAUAGGAAAAGCGAUAUUAAAGUUGAGGUGGAGAAAGCAAAGCAGAAAGACGACAAACCGACAAUGUUUCAAAAUCAAUUACGAGCUUAUGCGAUGAAGGGGAAAGCAAGAAGUGAAUUUUUGAAUAGAACAAGUUCCAAAAACAAUACGGGCUCAGGUGAAAAGACGACUUGGGAUGCGUAA